AUGGCGGCGAUGCCGCCGAUGCAAAUGGGGCCUCCAGCCUCCACCGGCACGCCGUCGUCGCCAAUGACGAUGGGGCCGACGAUGCCCCCGCCUAUGGACAUGCCUUACAUGCCCGCGAUGCACAUGGCCUUCUUUUGGGGGCACCGGGUGGAGGUGCUCUUCUCCAACUGGCCAGGGGACCGUGACGGCGUCGGCAUGUACGUCCUCUGCCUCCUAGUCGUGCUUGUGCUCGCUGCGCUCGUCGAGGUGCUCUCGGCAUGGUCCCGUGGUCUCUCCCGCCGCAGCCAUGACUCCGACGCGUUGGGGACCCUGCUGAUGACGGCUAUACACGUUGUGAAGGUCGGUCUCUCGUACCUGGUGAUGCUGGCCACCAUGUCCUUCAACGGCGGGGUCUUUCUAGCCGUCUUGGCUGGCCACGCCGCUGGGUUCUUCCUCUCGCGGAGAGGGGUUCUCGGCCAUGCAGCUCGCGACGACGUGCAUACGAACGGUGCUCUCCAUCAUCCAUCAGAACCGAAACCUUAA